AUGUCAAAUGAUAUAGCAGAGACGACAGCUCUAUCUCCUCGCUAUGCACAGUUCCAGCUGUAUGCUCAAUUAAAUCUUGUGAACGAUUUAUUAGAUUGGAAUGCUCGAUUGGAUGCUUCACAUUACAAAUUAUUUGAAAACGUGACGAAGGCGCUUGAAAGUGAAUUGCAACCUUUUUAUGGCAAUGUUGAAACUUUAAAAGGAACUUAUAAUGACUUGAUUGAGGUUUCCUCAUUCAGUACGACAGCUUUGGAUGCGUUUAAAGAAUCCUUCGACGUUUUUGUUUUUCAAAGCUUAGAUCGAUUUCAUAUGGAUUUGAAAGAGUUUUUCUUAAUAUAUCUUGAAAUGAACGAAAUGGGAUUUACAAAGCCAUCGAUUGAGUUCAACCAAGUUGUAGUGAGACAUUUUGCGAUGCAAGUUAAAUUGCCACCGCCACCAAAUUCUCAUACUGUAGCUACAGUAGAUUGUCUAGACAACGUUUUAGACAAUUAUAAAUCUUGGUAUGAAACAUGUCCUAAUGAGAUCAUAGAAGAAACCAACAAUAUUAUCACAGACCUUCCAACAUUCUUUAUUUGGAACUUUUGGUUGGCUAGGCAUUCAUUAAACAUGCUUUCAAAUAAGGCAAGCACUUUGAAUUUUCAACUGUGGUGGUGCAACAUCAUAAAAACUGAUAGUUGCAUUAUCCAAGUCGCAAAUGAGUUAACUAAUUGCAACUUUCAAUGUUUUGAUGAAAUGGCUAGUACAACAUCAAAAUCGAUUAUUGAUGUUAUGAGCGAGCACUACGUAGCAUACACGAACAUGAUUCUUGACAGCACUUCUAAACUUCGUGAGAGUGAUCCUAGUGCAACUCUCAUUGAAAGUUGCAUUUAGAUAUACUGGGAAUAGAAAUUCGAUUGUGUCUAUUGAUGAUGUAAAUUCUUUCAAAUUAAAUUGAAAUAAAUUCUGA